UGUCCGUUUUAGCAGGAGCCAGUCUGCGACCCGCUAGUCGCCAACAAUCAGGUCUUCUUCCUCGAGAAAUCCAAUGAUCAGCUUCGUCUAGAGGCGUUGUGGGCGAUUUGUACGGGCCACUUAGAUUUGUCAUCUCCUUCUCUGCCUGAGUGAGUCUGUGAAGAUGGUGAAGCCAGACAUCCACACUCUGGCGCACCACCUAAAGCAGGAACGUCUGUAUGUGGCAUCAGAGAAGCAGCUGAUUCAGAGGCUCAACAGUGAUGUGUUGAAGACAGCCGAGAGGCUGUACCGGGCUGCCUGGAUCGCCAAGCAGCAAAGGAUCAACCUCGAUCGUCUCAUUCUGACCAGUGCGGAGGCCUCCCCGGCUGAGUGCUGCCAACAUGCCAAAAUGCUGGAAGACACGCAGUUUAUAGAUGGCUACAAGACUCUGGGUUUCCAGGAAACAAUCUAUGGAGAGUUUUUGGCCAGGUUGAGGGAAAAUCCCAGACUGGUUGCAUCCUGCCUUGUGGCAGGAGAGAGACUAAACCAGGAGCACACCCAGGGUGUCAUACAUAAUGUCUUCACCUCACUUUACGGCAAUUGCAUUAUGCAGGAGGAUGAGAGCUACCUACUGCAGGUGUUGAGAUACCUUGUAGAGUUUGAGCUGAAGGAGAGCGACAACCCUCGCCGCCUUCUCCGACGAGGGACCUGUGCCUUCAGCAUUCUUUUCAAGCUCUUUUCUGAGGGCCUGUACUCAGCCAAGCUCUUCCUCACUGCAACCCUUCAUGAACCCAUUAUGCAGCUGCUGGUGGAGGAUGAGGACCACCUGGAGACAGACCCGUCCAAGGUGACUGAGCGGCUCACCCCGGCGCAGCAGGAACGCUUUGGAGAGAAAGGUUCUGAGGACUACAAGAGAAAAGUGCAGGCAGCUGUUGAGACCAAUGAAGCCAAGCUGGUCGCUCUUGUAAACAAGUUUAUUGGCUACUUGAAGCAAAACACCUAUUGCUUUCCUCACAGCCUGCGCUGGAUUGUGUCCCAGAUGUACAAGACUUUAUCAUGUGUAGAACGUCUUGAGGUGGGAGAGAUGCGCACCAUGUGCACAGACCUGCUGCUGACCUGCUUCAUUUGCCCCGCCAUAGUCAACCCCGAGCAGUAUGGUAUUAUCUCAGACGCACCCAUCAACGAGGUGGCUCGCUUUAAUUUAAUGCAGGUGGGGCAGCUUUUGCAGCAGCUGGCUAUGGCUGAUGACGAUGCAGACCCAAGGCGAAAAAGCAGUUUGUCUAAAUUUGAUAAGGGUUGUGUUGCUGCCUUUCUGGAUGUGGUGAUUGGAGGAAGAGCUGUUGAGACCCCACCCAUGUCCUCCAUGAACCUUCUUGAAGGCCUCAGUAGGACAGCAGUCUAUAUUACCCAUAACCAGCUGCUUGCACUGGUGGACUUUGUUCGGAGUGUGACGGCAGGGGACCACCUUCGAGAGGAGGAGCACAUGGCCCUGGAGACCCUGCUAGCCAAUGUGCCACAGUCUCGAACCGUGAAGAGCAACAGCCUGGAGCUCACUCCCUCCAACACCCCCCAGCUUUCCCCAGCUACCACUCCUGCCAACAAGAAGAACAGACUUCCCAUAGGACAACAUUUAGCUGCUAUAACAUCCUGGGACUCCACAGCCACCACUUUGUCCGCUCACAUUCCAUUAGUAACCCCUUUUGCUGCUCGGAGCCGCAGCCGUACCAACAUAGCCCAGGAGGGGGAGGCAGAGGCCAGCUCCCAGGAGUCCCUACAGGAGCUGAUGCCAGAGGAGGUGCUCGUAAUUUCACUAGGAACUGGCCCUCAGACUGUCCCUGGGAUGAUGUCAGAGAAUGAGGUUUUGAACUUGCACAUGGGCGAUGGGGCCUCAGGGGAUGGCCCUGCGGAUGAUGCUAAGCUGCAUGGGAAACCAGAUAAAACGUUGCGCUUCUCGCUGUGCAGUGACAACUUGGAAGGAAUCUCAGAGGGACCAUCCAAUCGUUCUAACUCUGUGUCCUCGCUGGACCUGGAUCGGGAGUCUGUUUCUGAGCUGGGAGCUGAACCAUCUGAGAACAACGGGGCAGAGGCUCUGCAGCUUCUGGAGCAUGAACAUGCCACCACACAGGACAACCUGGAUGACAAACUGCGCAAGUUUGAGAUCAGGGAUAUGAUGGGUCUGACAGAUGACCGUGACAUCUCUGAGACGGUCAGUGAAACCUGGAGCACUGAUGUGCUUGGCAGUGACUUUGACCCAAAUAUGGAUGAUGAUCGACUGCAGGAAAUAGCAGGGGCAGCUGCAGAAAGCAUGCUCGGCAGCCUGCUGUGCCUUCCUGGCUCCGGUUCAGUUCUGCUGGACCCCUACGGCUCCACCAUCUCAGAGACCACGAGCGAAGCCUGGAGUGUGGAGGUCCUUCCCAGUGACUCAGAAGCCCCAGAUCUGAAGCAGGAGGAGCGUCUUCAGGAGCUGGAGAGCUGUUCUGGGGUCGGCAGUACGUCCGAUGACACGGAGGUCAGAGAGGUCAGCUCCAGACCCAGCACACCCGGCCUCAGCGUUGUCUCAGGUAUCAGUGCAACGUCAGAAGACAUUCCUAAUAAGAUCGAGGACCUGCGGUCGGAGUGCAGUUCAGAUUUUGGUGGGAAGGACUCUGUGACCAGUCCAGAUGGGGAAGAGUCGAGCCACGGAGCCCACAAUCUGACUUCUCCACCUUCACAGGCUGAAUCCUUACUAGCCAUGUUUGAUCCUCUCUCCUCUGGUGAAGGUUCCUCCACUGGGACAAUAGUUAGACCCAAAGUGCACUAUCCCAGGCCCAACCACCCUCCCCCCGAUCCACCCAUCCCUGAAGCCAGCGCCCUGGGACCUGAGACACGCCACUCUCUUUUCGCGCCACACAGUUUGGUCCAGGGGGAGCUGGAGCACACAAAGCAGCGCCACUCCUUCCCUGACAGGCUGGUGCGCAGUCGCAGCUCUGAAAUUGUGUGCCCUGGGCGCCGGCCCACAAGUGACCCCGGCCUUAACAGACGGGUGGCAGUUGAAGAGCGUGACCCUGCUGGGGCCUUCGCUUUAGGACCUUCCUCAUCACCCAGCAAAGACUCCCUGAAAGGAGAGGUGGAGGACAGGAAAGACAGUGAUGAUGAGAAGUCUGAUCGCAACAGACCGUGGUGGAAGAAACGUUUUGUGUCAGCCAUUCCUAAAGCUCCGAUCACGGCUUUUAAAAAAAGAGACAAACAAGAGAAAAACGAUGCAGCCCAGGAACGUGUCCCACAAGAUGAGCCAUUGCUCCGACAGAACAAUCAAGCCCAGGCAGCUGAGGACAUCCUGGACAAGUACAGGAACAUCAAGAGGCCCGGUCCAAGUGACGUAGCCUCAGCAGGGGCCUCUUAUGAUGGACCAGGAGAUCUUUGUGUUGAGGACAAUGUGAACGACGCCCCGAGAGAAGACACUCUGCACAACAUUUCUGCUGACGACCUCCCAGACUCAGCCAGCCAGACGGCACAGCAACAUGAUUCCAAGUUUUCUUUCAGUGAUGCAAAGAAGAAGCUGAGGUUGGCUUUGUGUUCUGCAGACUCUGUGGCUCUCCCCAUCAUGGCACCAGCCACCACACGUAAUGGGCUGCCUGAUCACAUGGAUCCUGAAGACAAUGAGAUUGUCUGUUUCCUAAAGGUCCAGCUAGCAGAAGCCAUCAACCUUCAAGAUAAGAACCAAAUCGCUCAGAUCCAAGAGACCACGCGCUGCGUCAGCCGCUUCGAUGCGCGCACCUGCAGGAAGCUGCUGGCUGCCAUUGCAGAGGAUUACAGAAAGCGGGCCCCUUACAUAGCCUAUCUAACUCGGUGUCGUCAGGGCCUGCAGACCUCUCAGGCCCAUUUGGAGAGGCUUUUACAGAGGGUGCUGAGAGACAAGGAGGUGGCCAAUCGCUACUUCACCACAGUCUGUGUUCGACUCCUCCUUGAACAUAUGGAGUCAAAGAUGCUUGACUUCAUUAAAGCGUUCCAAGGAUGCACAGCAGCUGAUGACAAGACAGCAGCAGUGGAGGAUUUUCUGCGCUAUUUGUACGGUGCCAUGGCCCGUGAUGCCAUUUGGCAGUAUGCAAGUGAAGACCAGCUGCAGGAUGCCCAGAUGGCUAUCGAACGCAGCGUUAUGAACCGCAUCUUCAAACUGGCUUUCUACCCCAAUCAAGAUGGAGAUAUUCUCAGAGACCAGCUUUUCCAUGAACACAUCCAGAGACUCUCAAAAGUUGUAACAGCAAAUCACAAAGCUCUUCAAAUACCAGAGGUCUACCUAAAAGAAGCUCCCUGGCCCUCUGCACAGUCUGAGAUCCGGACCAUCAAUGCAUAUAAGACCCCCCGAGACAAAGUCCAGUGUAUUCUGCGUAUGUGCUCCACCAUCAUGAAUCUUCUCAGUUUAGCCAACGAGGACUCUGUGCCAGGGGCAGAUGACUUUGUCCCCGUUCUCGUCUUUGUCCUCAUAAGGGCAAACCCGCCCUGCCUGCUGUCCACCGUUCAGUACAUCAAUAAUUUCUACGCCAGCCGGCUGAGUGGGGAGGAGUGCUAUUGGUGGAUGCAGUUCACCGCGGCGGUGGAAUUCAUUAAGACCAUCGACGAUCGCAAGUGAAGCAGAACAGCCACCUGUAUGGGCAGACUGCGGGGGAAGGAGCCGGGAGACUGGGAGACUUCCCAACCAACUGCUCCCCCUGCACAGCUUCCAAAAACCUGGCUCUCAGCCCACUCUUUAUUUGUAUAGCUUGUACAUAGCCAGAGAUGCUGAAAGAAAAACAAAAUAUAUAUUAAUGUACGUAUGUGGACAAAUCCAGGUUUUGAUCAAGGUGGUGAAAAAAAGGUUAUCAAAAAAAAGCAGCUUUGUGGGAAAAUUGGCAACAUAUCAACUCUAAAUCUGAUUGAUUUUUUUCUUUUUUUAUUGUUUUCUUCUUUGAUUAGAAGUGUUUUAUAUAUACAAUUACCAAUAAGACAUUAAAUUUAUUUAAAUAUAAUCUUAUUAAAAAAAGGGACCACACUUCCUUGAUGAUGAUAGUUUUUUUCACCUGGGUUAGAGGAAUAGCCUCCAAAUAAAUGACAGUAUGUCUAUGUUAUGCAUUUUUUUCACACAGGGAAUUACAAUCAUAACUUCAGAUGGGACUUAGUGACAUGCACACAAUUAAACCGUACCCUUAAUAGUUGGUUCAUCCUACAGUUAGGCAGCUCGUUUCAUCACUUGUUUACUCUGAAACAUUCACCGAUUUGGACACAAGGGCCUCUACGUAUACGUGGAUUGAAGUGUAUUUAUUUCUGUCCUAUUUAACGCGUCAGCUAAUAUUUUAGAAACAAACAUGCAUAUCAUGCCCAAUCAAGAUGUCAGAGGCAAGCAAUGUUACAAUAAAGCUUGGCUUGAAAUGCUGGAGUUAGGAUGGCACCUUAGUAUAGACGUAGCCCUUGGGUGGGCGGAUACUGAGCAGUAAAGACGUACAGGGUCAACUCGUGCACACAGCAGUGGUGGCAUUUAAUGGAUUUAAUGAAAACUGUGCCUUUGAUGUGGGGCGCUCUGUAUAGGUAGUUAUAUUUGACUGUUUGUUUUUAAUAGAUUAUUCCAAGAUUAAUGAUUCCCCUACACACACUCUAAUGGGCCAACCACAUCUUGCUGUCCAGCUGCAGGAACUGGACAUUUCCUACUAACAUGGCUCAGUCUUUUCAAUGCACCUGAGAAUAUCUAUUAUUUUACUUUUAUUUUAUUUACAUCCUACCUCAGAGUUGAGCCUGAUAUCAGAAAAAAAAUACAGUAACUGUCCUGCAUUUAUUAAAAGCCGUGCUGAAUUGCAUUUACACUGGUGUGUAGUUGGGGGAAUGAAAGCAUAGCUAAAAUGAUUGAAGAGAAAGUGAAAUAUUGACCUACUGUGGUGCUCGUUGUGGUCUCAUCACCCUUUAUCAAACAAGCCUUAGUUAAUGAGCUAAGACGUGAUAGUUUUGUAUUAAUAUACCUGAGCUGCCACGUGUCUCCACAUGGGCAGAGCAGUUCACUAUUUUGGCUCUCUACCUCCUUAAAAAGUUCAAGAAAGGGACUUGUAUUUAAUGUGCGCUUAUAUGCCCCGCCCCACUUUUUCUUCCCCUGUCCCCCAAUUUGGCGUGCUGUGAUAAGUGUCAUUAUAUUUUUCCGGUUAUAUUUCAAGCAUGUCUUUAUUGAUCUAGAACUGACUAAAUCUAAUUAUUUUUUUUCCUUUAAUUAUUAUUAUUAUUUGUGCACUGUAGUUGUGCCACAUGUAAUAUAGUUCUUGGUAACUUUUCAUAGUUACUGAUGAGAGAGCACGACACAGAAAAUUUGAAGUCCAAUUAAUCAACACUAUUGACCUGUUACUGACUUUCAGUUUAUGCUAAAGUGGUUGGUGUAUGUGGGCGUGUGUGUUUUUUUUUCUUUCUAUGAGCGUGUGUGAGAAGUGAAUGGUCGACCCUCUGCCUCCUCUUGCAUGAAGUCAUUGAACGGUCUGCACACUCUCAGUCAUGAUCAGCUGUAGAAUAGGAUUAGUUUGUGCCACAGACCUGUAAUUGAACCUGCAAGAGGACGCAAAGCUUCCUUUUGUUUCUGUAAUACUCGCAUAUCAGAUCUCCAUAUAUUUUGCACAAAACACUCGUGUUUUUCUAGGAAACUUUUGACAGGGAGCAGUGCAUUUUUGGCAAGUAAAUCAGCAUAACUACUGUGAUUAAAAAAAAUAUUCAGCAACAAACGGUCAUGUUAAUGAGCAGGAUCAGAAGCCUUUUUUUAUUUUGUGUUUGUGCAGCACAUGAACCAGUUUUAUGUGUAUGUGCAGUGCGUCUCCUUGCAGUCAGUGGAAUCAAUUUGAUGAGAAAACCAGGCACUGGAAAAUCAGGCUGCAGGUUGCAUCUAUGCUAAUUAGUUUUAUGUGAUGUCACUUUAAUUGGGGAGUAUGUACUCUGCACCAAUCUGAUCAAAUUAUUUGGACCUGGCUCGUGUGCCGUCAUGUCCCCGGAAAGCCGAUCGCAGCCGUUACGGGUGACUUCCUGAAGGAUUUAUGAAGGCACCAAAUUAUUGCACAAAUAAAAAAUGUGAUUGUGUCAGCAAUGGGGAUUUUAGUCUUCGGGAUAAAGACUUUUCAGAGCUCCAGUGCACUGCUCCCUGUAUAACGGAUAAAUAAAAGACUCAUUUAGGGGGGGUAAAAUAAAAGAAAGUUUUACAUCUUUCAUCUGAUUUUAAAUUUAUUUGUAAGCUUGCACAACUCUGAAAUGCGGGGUAAGCCAGUUUGUCUUUACUGUGAUUAAUGCAUUCUGUAAAUCUUUAAAAAAUAAUAAAAGAAGCCGACAUUUUC